UAAAAAUCCGGUUUACUGAAUAUUCGAAAAAUCAAGAUGACAAAAAAACGCCUAAAAAUAUUAAAAAAAUUCGAUUGAAAACGGGUGUGAAAAACCUAUACGAUCACCCUACUAUCAAUACUUGUUGCGUCCCUCUGCAUAUAACAAGUAUAUCCGGAAAAAGUCUAUAUGAUCGUCUAAUAAAUUCCAACAAAAUGAAAAAUUAUUGGCAAUGGAACUAAGAAAGCACCGAGCCAUCAGCUAGACAACCUUACAAAAGCGCUCCUCAAAUUAAAGCUUGGAAAUAUGUAAUUAAAAAAUUCAGGUCAUGCUAAGUUAAGCUUAUGCAAAUUGGUUACCGCCCACUGCUCGCGAUUAACAAUCCACAAAAAGCGACUGCACAUUGCUGCCUUGUGGAUUUUAGUAUAUAAACGCCUAGUUGAUACGAAAAAUGAAAGAACUAAACCGCAUUCCGCUUUCUAAUCGUGGCAAAAAAAUGGGACCUAGAAUUGGAAUAGUACUGAUUUCGCUCUGUUUGCUGGGAACUGGCCACACCAAUCCGAGUCGCUACAAAGGAGACGUUUUAGACUUGGAUGCCUACUUCGAGUCGCACGAUUUCGACUCCCAAGAGCGGGUGGUUGGCGGCGCCGCAGUGCCCGAUGGCGAGCAUGUACCCUACCAAGUAUCUAUGCAGUAUCGCACACGCAGUGGCAAGGAUCGUCACUUUUGCGGCGGCUCUAUAAUUUCACCGAAUCGCAUUCUCACAGCAGCACAUUGCGUCAACGGCCAGGACGCCAAGCGCAUCUCUGUUGUGGCGGGUAUUCGUGACCUCAACGACAGCACUGGUAUUCGAUCGCAGGUGCUGUCCUAUGAAAUUCACGAGAACUAUGAGGAGUUGGUGACCAGUGACAUUGCCAUUCUGAAGAUCGAACCGGCUUUCGAGUUGGACGGCGCCAAGUUGGACAAAGUCGAUGUGAGUGGCACCGAUAAAGUCGAUGGUGGGCAAGCUGUCACCCUUACCGGUUGGGGUGCUAUGUGGCAUGUGGGUCAAGGACCAUUGGCGGUUUACCCGACAUUGCUGCAGCGCAUGUCCUACAAAACGAUUACAAAUGAUGAGUGUAAAAAGGUGAUGACUCAAUUGACCGACACGGAGAUCUGUGCAUUGGAGCGGUUCGGCAAAGGAGCGUGUAAUGGUGAUUCCGGUGGUCCGCUAGUGAUGGAGAAUGGUGAUAGCCUGAAGCAGGUUGGCGUGGUUUCCUAUGGUACGGCGCUUUGUGCAUCUAAUAAUCCAGAUGUUUACACUCGUGUGUCUAUAUUUGAUGAGUGGAUUAAAGAGCGCCUGGCUUGAAAGAAAGUUCUAGUUUGUAACCUUUUGAAAUGGAAUUGAAUUAAACUUUUUGGA